AUGAAACACCUCACCGUGAGCCAACAAAGGGACGAAGAACAGCAGCAUCCUGCGAUCAAGUGUCGCCCUGCAGCGCAUCAGCCACCUGAGGAGCCGGCGCCCCCUAGAGGCCUGGUGCGGACGGAGAGUCCCAACUUCCUGUGCACCUCCCUGCCGCCGCACUGGCGCUGCAACAAGACGCUGCCGAGGCCCUUCCUGGUGCUGGCGCGCAGCGGCGACGUGCCCGACGGCGUGGUCGUCAUGGUGAUGGCUGGAAACGACGACAACAGCAGCGCAGAGCUGCGGAACGCCACCGCGACCAUGAAGAACGGAGUGGCGCAUUUCAACGACCUCCGUUUCAUCGGCCGCAGCGGCAGAGGGAAGAGCUUCACUCUGUCCAUCAACGUGAUGACCUCGCCGCCGCAGGUGGCCACGCUCAGGAGAGCCAUCAAGGUCACGGUGGACGGGCCGCGGCUGCCCAGACGCCAGCGGCAGAAGGAGACCAAGGCCGGGCUCCUGAGGGCCAGCAGCAGCAGCAGCAGCAGCAGCUCGUGCAGGACCUUCUCCUCCUGCCUGUGGGCCAACGAGCCCCCUUUCCUCGGCCAGGUGAGCUUCACUGCCAGCUCCAGAGUGCACCCCCUCCCCGCGCCCUCCUACUUCCCCAGCCCUGCCCCCCCUCUGGGCCCCGGCGGGGGCCUCCAGCAUGGAGCCUUCUGCUGUGGCGUGAACCAGAGCAUGGAGGACCGCGGCCUGUUGGCGGCACUCAACAGCUACAUGGACCAGAACUGCUUCUCAGUCCGGGACGAGCCCGUGUGGAGACCCUACUGAUGCAGAUCCAGACGAGGAGGCCGACCACAGAGCACAGUCUGACACUGAGUGACAGAAUUACUGUUGAGAAUUCCUCUGGCUGCAGCGCUGUUUCCGUAGGUUACGUAAGUUCUGUUGAGAAUAGCAAUACUUUACGCAUACUUUUCCGCAUGUUCAUUUUCCACUCAUCGCACGUUCUGGAAGUCACUGACGAUGUAAGUUUCAGUUCUCUUAUAUAUUGUAAAUAGUCAUUGCGAACGGUCAUGAUAAUGAGAGCGGAGCUGGCCAGGUUUACUUU